AUGGAUAGAAUUCAAACUAUCAACAAAUUAGAAUUGUUACCUAACGAAAUCUUGAUCGAAUGUUUUCGAUAUCUCGAAACUGUGCAAAUGUUUUAUUCAUUUGAUCAAUUAAAUUCUCGUUACAAUAGACUUAUUCGACGUAUUCCCUUGCAUCUUGAUUUUCGAGAUACUCCUCGAUUAAUAUGUGAUCAAUUUUGUCAGAAAAUGUUAUCUGAUGAAGAAAUCAAGAAUCAAAUUUUCUCAAUACGUUUAUCAAACAAAGAUACCACAUAUGGAAUUCAGUCAUUCCUCUCUACCUUCCAGCUAGUAGAUGACUUUCCUCAUCUUCAAUCGUUGACCUUAGUUAGAGUGAGUAAAAGCAAUGUAAUACAAUUGAUAUCAACAUUACCAUUAUUAUCUGGUCUAUCAUGUUUUCGACUGAUUGAUCCUCAAAUUGAAAAGAAGGAGAUAUUUUCCAUAUUACCAACAUGUCAAUUACAUACAUUAAUGCUAUCAACUUUAUCUAAAGAUUUCCAAAUUACAGACCAAUUAUCAUCGAUUACAAAUUUAACUAUUUCGGAAUGUCAUUUACGUGAUUUAUUUCAAAUCUUAAGAACUGCAUCUGAAUUAAAAUACUUAAAUAUACACCACAUUCAACGAUAUUCAUCUAAUCGUGUAGACACCAAUAACCAUUUUUCUAAUCAUCAUGCUAUUCAUCUUAAACAAUUAAUUAUUAAGCAUAUUGAAUAUGAUUUUUCUGAUUUUAUAAUCAUUUUAAAACAAACACCAAAUUUAAAUAGUUUGACAUUGGGUGCUUCUAGUGACAAAAAUCUAGUCGAUGCAUGCCAAUGGGAAGAUUUGAUCAGUUCAUCAUUACCUUCGUUGAAAAAUUUCAAGUUUAGAAUUUAUUAUUACCAUGGCAACAACAAGAAUGGUCUUGAAGAGAGAUUCAAACAAUUUCAAAGUGAUUUUUGGUGUAAACAACAUCAUUGGUAUACUGAAUAUGAAUUAUCGAACUAUGAAGCUUUGAUUUAUACAAUACCUUACAUAUUCUCCAUAUAUGCAUUAGUACCGCAUACGAAAGGACGUGGAAAUGAGUUGAUCAACAACGUUAAUAUAUUCGCUAACGUCACGAAUUUGAGAAUCAAUCCUGACGCUCUAAGAAACGAACGUCAGUAUUAUUUUCCCUAUGUCAUUUCACUGUCAUUAAGAUGUCCGGACCUGAUCGACACACUUUUGCUAACCGCGAAAGAUAUUCAAUCUCUAAAAGUGAUUGUUAACUUCUCUACGUUACAAGAAUUAUAUAUCCCAUAUACUUUUCAGUUAGAAACUCCAUCUGUACUCUUAGAAAUCCUCAAAGGCGCCCCACAUUUAUCAUCAUUAUGUAUCCAUUUAGAUAUAUUACAAUCCUUAUUUGAAGAUGAUCAAUUAUGCCAAUAUUUAAAUAAAAUGAUUCGAAAAUUAGACAUUGGGAGUUUUUAUGACAAACUUUUGGAUGAUUAUGAUAGAUUAACCGACAUUUGUCAAGUAUUUUCAAAUAUUGAGGAACUUACAUGCACAAUCUAUCGUCUCGAUUGUUUACUCUUCCUCAUACAACAUUUCUCAAAAUUAUCACGUAUUUCUGUUGCUUUAGGAGAAUACCAUUUAGUCAGUGCUGUACCAGGGCUUGAAGAACAAACACACAGAUUAGGCAUGAAGAUAGUUGCUGACUUUGACGUAUACAAUAGUUUACUAUUAACAAUUCAUAUAAAUAGAAAUACGUUUUAA